AUGCUCAUGAGCAAAGAAAAACUAGAGCUGGCCUUGAUGAAGUCUGAUAUGCAAAAACAAUUGAUCACUUUGGAGGAGAACCAACGCAUGAUUAAAGAGGGAAACAUUGACCUUGAAAUCAGAGAAAAUGAGUUAAAAAAGAAUACAAUGGGACUGGACACAAUAACUGAGAAGAUGAAGAAGGGAAGGGAACAAAUUCACCAGCUAAACAUGGAUGUUGGGACAAAAAGAGAUGAAGUCAAUGAUAACCGAUGUGCAAUGGAACAGCAAAAUAAGGACUUGAGUGUUCUCAGACAGGAACAUUGUCAAAAGACCAAAGAGAUUGCAUUUGCCAGGACCAAAAUAAGUACAGAGAUGGAAAAGCUACUCAAAAUGAAGGCUACAUUUGAAACUGAAAAAAAACUGCAUGCCAAAGACACGGAGACGAUGGAACAACUACAAUCUGAGCAGAAGGUGUUGCAAGAUCACUUUAGGUCUUGUAUCCUGUCAAUGAGAAGAGUGACAUAUGAUGUAAAGGCAAAGUAUGAAAAGAAACUUGAAGACAUUGACAAAAAGGUUGUCAAAUUAGAAGCGAAAAAUGAAGGUAUGCCAAAAUUGUUGCUUAAAUUUAAGCACAUGCUGGAAGAUAGUAAUCAAGGCAGAGAUCGAAUAUCAAUCAACAACAAACUAAUAGGAGGAAAGAUUCAGCUGGACAAUUUGCUUUCAAAUGUAUUGAAAGAAUCAGAAGAAAUAAAACAUCUAAAAAAGAAACUUUUGGAGGAAAAACAAAACCUGGACAAACUAAAGAACAACAUUAAACAAGAGGAAGAAAUCCUGAGCAAAGCCAAUGAGUUCAUGAGCAAAGAAAAACUGGAGCUUGUUUUGAUAAGGUCUGAUAUGCAAAAACAAAUGAUCGCAUUGAAAGAGAAUCAACGCAUGACCAAAGAGAGAUACAGUGACCUUAAAAUCAGAGAAAACGAGUUUAGAAAGAUUAAAACAGCAUUGGACAGAAUAGCUGAGAAGAUGAAGAAAGAGAGGGAACAAAUUCAUCAGCUAAACAUGGACGUUGUGACAAAAAGAGAUGAAGUCAAUGAUAACCGAUUUGCAAUGGAACAGCAAAAUAGGGACUUGAGUGUUCUCAGACAGGAACAUUGUCAAAAGAGCAAAGAGAUUGCAUUUGCCAGAACCAACAUAACAAAAUAA